AUGACUGAAAACGUUCCGGAUCACAAUGGAGCAUCAUCAUCAUCUCUCCCCACAAGUAGUAGCCCAACAACUAUGAAAGCCAUCUUUUAUGAAUCCUACGGAGGACCCGAUGUUUUACAAUUUUCUGAUAAAUUUAAAACUCCUCAAUUACCAUCCUCAUCGGACCACUCACAAGUUGUAGUGCGAGUCCUUUACACGAGUAUUAAUCCUUUGGACUUUAAAAUCCGUAACGGUUUCUUUAGGAAUAUUCUAGUAGGUAAAACCAAUUUUCCAGUCAUUCCGAGUACAGAUUUGAGUGGAAUUGUGGUACAAGCAAGUCCAUCGAGUUCGUUUAAAGUCGGAGAUGAAGUUUUUGGAAUGAAUGGCCACGGAGGAUGUUUAGCAGAAUAUAAUUUGGUGAAUGAACAUUCAUUGGCUCUAAAACCGAAAGAGCUCUCUCAUGCAGAGGCUAGUACCAUUCCGAUGGUUGGAUUAACGGCUCAUCAAAGUUUGGUUGAAAUUGGAAAAGUGAAAGAGAAUUCAACCGUGUUAAUUUUGGGAGCUUCUGGAAAUGUUGGAAGUUAUUGUUUGCAAUAUGCCAAGAAUGUGUUGGGUGCGGAGGUUUAUGCAGGAUGUACCACGGAGAAGGGAGUUGAAAUGGUGAAAGAAUUGAAACCAGAAAAGACAUUUAUGUUGAAAAAUGAUCUGAAGAAGGAUACAAGUCGUGUGAAUAGUAGUAAUACACCACACACGAGUGCUGCCUCUGUAUCAAAAGAAAAUGAACAAGUGGACAAGUCUGAUAAUCAUGAAAAUUCUGAUAAAUCAUCCAAUGUGAAAGAACCAAUAGAUGAUGACGAUCACACUCCAUUCGAAUAUAGCGUGCCAAAUGUGGACGUCAUUAUCGAUUGCAUUGGUGACAAGCAAUUACGACAACGAACAUGGAAAUUGUUAAAAUCGAGAAGGGCAAAAUACAUUCAGAUUGGAGUUGCAAACGAGGAAAUGACGUUUUGGAAUUUAUUGAAAUUAGGUACAUUCAUUUCAUGGAGAAAGGUUAUUUCCGCGGUGGGUCUGGGACCUGAAUUUGUCUUUUUCAGAAUCAAUUCGAACAAUCAAACUGAAAAUUUGGAGAAACUGGCCUCGUAUCAUGUGAGCGGAAAAAUUAAGCCAAACAUUGCCACUUACUUUGACGAAAUGAAUUUGGAAAAUGUCAAAACUGCCUAUUCCUUAGCAGAGACCAGACGAACGCGAGGAAAGAUACUAAUACAAGUGAGUAAAUGGCUGCCACAAUACGAUCAAUCACGAAAGUACCUCAUGAGAUUUAACAAACCAGCCAUGUAUAAAUUUGUGAAUCAGUAA